CACAAACAGCAACACACAUUGUUGUGUACAUACACACACACAAGAAGUUACUAGAUCGGAUAAAUGUCUCCCGACAAGAAUCUGCUGUCCGAAUUAGCUGUCGGUGACAAACACGGAGAAGAUUCGCCAUACUUCGACGGUUGGAAAGCUUACGAUAAUAACCCUUUUCAUCCUGAUCAUAACCCACAAGGCGUUAUUCAAAUGGGUCUCGCAGAAAAUCAACUUUGUUCCGAUUUGAUCAAAGAAUGGAUAAAGGCUAAUCCACAAGCAUCUAUUUGCACGGCGGAGGGCAUUGACGGUUUCUCCGACAUCGCUGUUUUCCAAGAUUACCACGGUCUCAAACAAUUUAGACAGGGAAUUGCAGCGUUUAUGGAGAGAGCGAGAGGAGGAAGGGUGAGUUUUGAGGCGGAGAGAGUGGUGAUGAGCGGCGGAGCCACGGGGGCAAAUGAGACGCUCAUAUUCUGUCUUGCUGAUCCCGGCGACGCUUUUCUCGUCCCUACUCCUUAUUAUGCUGCAUUCGACAGAGACUUAAGUUGGAGAACAGGGGUUAGAAUAAUUCCUGUGGAGUGUAACAGCUCAAACAAUUUCCAGGUCACAAAACAAGCCCUAGAAUCAACAUAUCUUAAAGCCCAAGAAACUGGUAUCAAGAUCAAAGGCGUGAUCCUCGCAAACCCAUCAAACCCUCUUGGAACAAGUCUUGACCGAGAAACUCUUCAGACGCUUGUCGGCUUCAUCAACGACAAACAAAUCCACUUAGUCUGCGACGAAAUCUAUGCAGCCACGGUUUUUGCAGAACCAAGAUUCAUCAGUGUUGCAGAGAUCAUCAAUGAGAUGGAUUAUGUUAACCGCGACCUGAUCCAUAUCGUUCACAGUCUCUCAAAGGACAUGGGUCUUCCCGGUUUCCGGGUUGGAGUGGUUUACUCAUACAACAAUGCUGUUGUGUCUUGCGCGAGGAGGAUGUCGAGUUUCGGGUUGAUCUCGUCACAGACGCAGAGCUUUCUAGCAGCUAUGUUAUCUGAUCAGAGAUUCGUCGAUAGUUUUCUUGAGGAGGUUUCAAAGAGAGUGGCGCAGAGACACCGUAUGUUCACUGAAGGGCUUAAAAAGAUAGGAGUUUCUUGCUUGAGAAGCAACGCUGGUCUAUUCGUCUUGAUGGAUUUGAGACACAUGCUUAAAGAUCAGAGCUUUGAGUCCGAAAUGGCUCUUUGGCGAGUAAUCAUCAAUAAGGUGAAGAUCAAUGUCUCUCCUGGCUCGUCGUUUCACUGCUCUGAGCCAGGUUGGUUCCGAGUCUGCUUUGCUAAUAUGGACGAAGACACACUCCACACUGGACUACGGAGAAUGAAAGACUUUGUGCUCGGAGACAGAGAGAACAAGAGCUGUAACAAGGAAAAGGAGAAGAAGAAACGAAAGAGUUUUCAAAAGAAUCUCAAGCUGAGUUUCUCUUCGAUGAUGUACGAUGAACAUGUUAGGUCACCGAGGUUGAUGUCCCCACAUUCACCAUUGCUCCGAACUUGAAAACGGUUUGAGUUAUACUUAAUAGACUGUCUAUACCCUAUAGAUAUUUACAAAAAGAGUAGAG